CAAGUCCGCACACAGAGCGGCUUGAAUAUUUGCGAUAUUCUUCAUUCUUUGAGUUAUUCUCGCUCGUUAUCCAUUCAUUCUUCGUCCGCGACGUGACCGACACGAUUACCUUGUUGUUUGUUUUUUUUUUUUUAAAUAAUUCAAAAGAUUUUGUCAUUGAAAAAAACCUUCUUUAUAUAACAAUUAAUAAUUUAUAAAAAAAAAAAUACAUUUUGUUAACCCAAAUGCUUAUUCAAUAACUGCUACUAUAGUCAGUGAACUAGAUUUUGAGCGCAUACUUUCUUCGGAUGAAUUUUAAUUAUUAUUAACAAGUGAUGAUUAGUGAUUUGUGAUUUACAGUGUGACUUAUUUUGGAUAUAAUUGAAGGAAAGAUAAUUUGUGAUGAGUGCCACCUUGAAUCAAACCAAGGCAAUCAAACGCCUGGAGGCUCUAUUUCAAGAUGUAAAAAUCGACAAUAAUCAACACCAAGAAGUCCAUGUGGAGGUGGAGACAAAACACAGCGCCAAAUGUGAUGUCCAUAAGAAAAACAACAACAAUAAUAGGAGGGGAUCAUUGGGAAGUACUUUGCAUUUAACAAACAGAAGAGAUUCUUUGGGAAAUGUUGUCAGUCAAAAACGCGACUGGCACAAUUCGGGUUAUUUUGGAAAUGUGGGUCCUCGUAGGGAAUCGAUGCCGGCUCUUAAUAACCAAAGUCAUUAUACCACUGGUGGAUUUUACAGGCGAAGAGAUUCUUUGGCGAUCCCACUAAAUCCGCCCAAAAAAGAGCUGGAACAUCCCAGCCAGUUUUCUUCAACACUCAGAAACAAUAAUAAUAAAAGGAAUUCAUUUGGUGGUUCAACUUCUAGUUUAAACGGCAAGAAUUAUUUGCAAGUGCCAGGUUUAAACAUGCGUAGGAAUUCCAGAAAUUUUUCCACAGAUUCAUUGGAUUGUAGAAGGAAUUCUUGGGAUCCUGGCAGGCGAGGAUCUUCUGGAUCUUCUUGCGGUUUUGAAGAGCCUAUUUGGGAAGAUCAAAAGCCUUCUCCUAGAACAAGUUCGGAUGGUGAUGGAAAUGACUCAAAUGGGGCCCCAAAACCUAAAUUCGUGGCGGUCACAAAUCUGGAAGACGUGCAGGCCGUUAGGUGUGCAGAAUUCCAUCCUAAUGGUCAGCUUUAUGCUGUGGGAUCCAACUCCAAGACGCUCAGGAUAUGCGCUUACCCGAAACUCAAUGACCUCAGGGAAGACCACCAAACUUACCAACCAAUGGUCCUUUUCAAACGCACAAAACACCACAAAGGCUCUAUAUAUUGCCUGGCAUGGUCACCCGUAGGCGAUCUAAUGGCAACUGGAUCAAACGACAAGACUGUGAAACUUAUGAAGUUCAACUCUGAUACGUCGAAUUUGGAAGGAGAAGAGAUUGAGUUGUCAAUGCACGACGGUACAGUAAGGGACAUUUGCUUUCUCGAAGACACAACAAACAAGUCCAGUUUAUUAAUCAGCGGAGGAGCAGGAGAUUGUAAAAUUUACGUCACAGAUUGCGCCACUGGAACACCAUUCCAAGCUUUGAGCGGACACACCGGACAUAUUUUGUCUUUGUACACUUGGGGAGGUGCAAUGUUCGUGAGUGGUUCCCACGACAAAACGGUCCGCUUUUGGGACUUGCGCACUCGCGGUUGCGUCAAUAUGGUCACCCCUGUAACCCAACCAGGUACCCGACAAGGUUCCCCUGUUGCCAGCUUGUGCGUAGACCCUAGCGGCAGGCUAUUGGUGUCCGGCCACGAAGACUCCUCUUGCGUCCUGUAUGAUAUUAGAGGAGGUAGAAACGUACAAUGUUUCAAGCCUCAUUCGGCUGAUAUUAGAAGUAUCAGAUUUUCGCCUUCGGCGUUCUAUUUACUCAGUGGUGGUUAUGAUAAUAAAUUGGUUCUGACUGAUUUGCAAGGAGAUCUGACUCUUCCUUUGCCCAGUGUGGUAGUGGCUCAGCACUCUGACAAAGUGAUCUCGGGCCGUUGGCAUCCUUCGGAGUUUUCGUUUUUGUCUACGUCUGCUGAUAAGACGGCCACCUUGUGGGCUUUACCUCCAAUAUAAAUUGCUUUUUUUUUUUAAGUCUGAACUAACCAAUUAAUUCGCAUCUGUUAUUUGUUGUUUUUGUCGCUGCACAGAUUUAGAGCAAAUCGAAGAAUAAUGUGAUGCUAUAUUAGGUGACCAUACAAUUUAUUUAUUAACAAUUUAUUAAUGUAUGGCGCAAGGAUUGUCAAGCUUCACACUUUGUUAUUGUUGUACCACUUCUAAUAUUUAUUUUGUUUGAUUGACAAAAGUAAAAUUGUACAUAGUUUUUGACACCAUAAAUAUUAUUUUCAUCUACUUAUUGUGUAUAAAUUCGAAAAAACUGUUUAUUUUAACGUUGGCUAAUUACAGUUUCUUUAACGUUUACUGGUAGACAUUGAUUAUUUAU